CAAUAAUAGACCGAAGAAAAGACAUGGAUAUAUUACACAGAUUGUGUUUCGCCUUCAUUUUUCUUCGUGCAUUUCCAUCUGUCACAGCAGAGGGAAUUUACAAAGAUGGUCAAAUCAUUAUUGGCGCUCUUUUACCAGUUCGUCACCAAAACUCGGAUACUUUAUAUUCGUGUGGGGAACUACGUCCUCAMGGUCUUGCUUCUGUGGAAGCGGUGAUUUAUGCAAUAGAAACCAUUAACAAUGACAAGUCACUCUUGCCAAAUAUGACUUUGGGAUAUGAUAUAGCAGACAGUUGUUAUAGUCCAUCCUUGGCAAACAGAUUGUCCUUCGAUUUUGUCUCUAGAAAUAAAGCUAUAAAACUAAAGUAUGAGGUGAAUGACACAACUGGCAGUUGUCAAAAGUAUUUUGGGAUUCUACGGAAGCCGAUUGCAGCUGUAAUCGGCACGGGGGACUCCAGUAGUUCCGUCGUUGUUGCCAGUAUUUUGAACAAUGAUGAUAUUCCUCAAGUCAGCCCGUUUGCCACUAGUGAAGAGCUCAGUCAGCCCUAUUUCAAGACGUUCUUCCGACCAGUUCCACCAGACGGACAACAAGCCAAAGCCCUCGCUGAUAUUAUAGACUAUUUCAAAUGGAAAUACGUUUACGUCGUUGGAGAGGACUCAUCAUACGGAAUUUCCGGGAUCAAGGCACUCGAAAAUGAGGCUUUGGAGAGAGGYACGUUUUGUAUCUCCCAAGUCUCUUACUUUCCAUCGUCCGGCUACCAGAAGAAAAUGAAAGCAAUAGUUACAAAAAUUAAAGAAAUAUCAAAUGUGAAAGUGGUUAUGUUGUGGGUUAGUACCGCUACUUCCACUCCUUUUAUAGAAGAGGCGUACAGGCAAGGCAUUACUGGAAGAACUUGGCUUGCAUCUGAAGGUUGGUCCGAGGUAACAUCUCUCUUUCAAAAGAAGUACAUGCAAAUAAUUGGAGGAUUUAUGGGAACAAAACUGCGAAAGUAUAACCUAGAUGGAUAUUUUCACCAUUUAACAACGUUGAACUAUUCAUCUGCAAGAGUUCAGMAYCAUACUUGGUGGARAGAGUACUGGAURCUCCAACAGAAAUGUGAAAACAUUUUGACAUGCGACUUUCAAAACUUUCACAUCACAAAACAACAAUAUGAAGACAUGUAUUCUGCUUAUCUCCCUUACGUUAUCGACUCAGCAUAUGCAAUUGCGCAUACCAUAGAUGCUAUCUACCGCUGCCUUGGUAGUGAUUGCCCUAAGACUGAACUAUUUGUUGAAGCAAAAGACAUUUUAAGAUACAUGUCCAAUGUAACUUUCAAGGGGGUAACGGGAAAAGUUGAAUUUGAUAAAAAUGGAGACUCCAUUAGUUCGGCCGCUUAUGAUAUUGUUAAUUUACAAGCAGGAACCACUACCCCUCAGUUGAAGAUUGUUGGCACCUGGGUUCGAGACAAAGCAACGCGAUUAAAGAUAAGCCAUGAUUCAUUGUAUUGGAACAACGGUUCUAAAACGGUCCCAGUAUCGGUAUGCAGAGAACCUUGUCGACCAGGGUACAUGCAGACAACGACUGUGGCAUGUUGUUGGAAGUGCAUUCCCUGCCAAAUUGGUCUUAUAAGUCGACGUUAUAGCUCUAUAAACUGUUCGGAAUGUCCAAUGGAUAAAAUGCCUGAUCAAGAUCGGACAGAGUGCAUUGACUUGCCAGAAGUAAAUAUCUCAUUUCUUGAUUCUCAAUCAAUUGUUCUCCUCGUUGUGGGGGCCAUCGAGCUUAUUUUGGUUCUCUUUGUCCUUUACAUCGGCUUGAAAUAUCGAAAUACACCAAUUGUCAAGUCUUCCAAUCGAGAAAUGAGUGUUUUAUUUCUUUUCGGUAUAGUCGUUGGCAUAGCAUCUGGAGUUAUCCUCCUUGCUCACCCUACACCGUUGAUUUGUUAUUUCAACAACCCUCUUCACGCCCUUUACUACACGCUAUGCUUAUCGAUUCUAAUCGUCAAGACCAACCGAUUGGUUCAAGUSUUUAAACUKAAUUUCGUKUCGUCAAAAWUUAGUCAGCUCUGUAAUCUUAAGAAUGCGCAAUUUGUGAUUCUGUUCUGUUUAAACRYGAUAGCAAUAGUAUUGUUGACAUUAUGGCAUGUACUCGACCCACCUUAUGUUCACGUUACAACGGAACGUUUAAAGUCAAAGCACUURGGAUGCAGAGGACAUAAGGGAACUGUUGGCCUUGCUCUUCAAGCAUCAUUGUAUGCAUACCAGUUUAUUCUGUCCAUCKUCUGUGCUUACUACGCGUUCAAGGCCAGGAAYCUACCAGAAAACUUUAGUGAAGCACGUUACAUUGCCUUUACAAUGUACAUGCAACUUCUGUGUUCGAUGUGCUAUGCUAUAUUGCAAAACACUGUGAAGGGGAACUUUUUGACAAUUUUCUCUUCCGCAAUCAUAAUUCUAAGUUCAUUUGGGUUUCUCGUUUGCAUGUUUGCUCCAAAGGUUUACAUCAUUYUGAAAUUCCCUGAGAAAAAUACAGCGGAAUAUGURAAAGCGUCUGUGGCAAAUCACUCUCUUCAAAAURCCUUCGGAAUUAUACCACGWGCCGUGGGAACGGAUUUUUGUAGUUCCAAUUGCAACUUGAAAAAAGAAGUUAGCWCUCGUCAAAAUAAAGCCACUGGUAAAGGAACCACRAAAGUUAUAGAACCCAGUWACWCUGAGUGCGAARGRUUUGAAAGAGAAGUUUGCAAAGGCUAUUACAAUCCCGAUGAAGAUUUCAGUGAAAUGAUGAAAUCAGAAAAUUGUURCAAGAAAAUCUCCGAUACUGUUGUCAAGAAACAAAGUGGAUCAGAUGUAGGAGCYAUGAAUGCUGUCAUUUGUCAAGCUACCAUUUUGGACCAYCAAGAAAUAAAUACUUUGGAAUUGAACAUAAAUCCCAGGUGUCUUUCAAACAGUAAUGGGUAUGAACAUAGUAGCAUUGUCAUCGAGAGACCGCCCAUUUUUGAAAGUCAGACACCAUCUAGUGAAGAUUAUGAUGACACUCGCUUGUAA